CGGCUGAGAUUGCAGAGCGCCCCAGUGCGAGCUAUGUAAGCAGAGAACCCUUCCCCACAGAAACCCUAGAGAUCACUGUGAGCCCUCCCCCGCCGCCGUCGCUGCCGCCCGAGCUGUCUUUGGUCUCCCUCUCCGUUCCAUUCCAAGAUGAAGUUCGUUGCUGCCUAUCUGCUUGCUGUCCUUGCUGGGAACCCCAACCCCUCUGCGGAGGAUUUGACGGCUAUUCUGGAGUCAGUUGGUUGUGAAAUUGACAAUGAGAAGAUGGAACUUCUGCUGUCCCAGUUGAGUGGUAAGGACAUUACUGAGCUUAUUGCUGCUGGUAGGGAGAAGUUUGCUUCUGUUCCAUGUGGCGGUGGUGGUGUUGCUGUUGCGGCAGCAGCUCCUGCUGGUGGUGGUGCUGGGGCUGCUCCUGCAGCUGAGGCGAAGAAAGAAGAGAAGGUGGAGGAGAAGGAAGAGAGCGAUGACGACAUGGGCUUCAGCCUGUUCGACUGAGCGGUGGGAUCAUCUCUGCUAUCAUCAGUGUCAAGCCUUGUGCAGGAAACUAGAAUCUUGAUGUUUGAGUUCUAGCCUUUUGUUUUAGUUAGCUGGAGAACAUUGGAAACACUAUGUAUGCUUCCUACUCUGUUUUGGUAUGUGGUAAAUGGUAAUCCAUCAGUAGGUUGCCAUUCUGGUUAA